AUGGCUUCUCGACUAGCUCCAAUGCAAGCACCUCCACCUGUAGCAGUCCCAAACCCAGUGCCUAAUCCAUUCCCUGAGGUUCGGGCUCCGAUCCAGGUGCCCUCGGUGGUAUCUCAAGCGAACGGUACAGACGCUGGUUCAGCUACCCAGGAGCAGACUGGACCAUUCCAGCCCACUCACUUUGUUACUCUAGUCGAUAUACAAGCUAUGCUCGAGCAAGAGCGUAGCAAGAAACAACUGCUAUCUCUCCCAAACCCAGAUGUGAAGUCCCCAUACUCUCAGGAGAUACUAACCAUGCCUUACCCAAUUGGGUAUACAAUGCCCAAGUUUAUUAAAUUUAAUAGAAAACAAGGCAAUACCAGAGAACAUGUGGUGAGGUUCAUUGAAACUCUUGGUGUCUAUGGCAGUGACCACUCUUUGCGCCUCCGGGAGUUCUCCAAAUCACUCACCGAAAGGGCUUACAGUUGGUAUGUGAACUUGGCUCCCAACUCGAUCAAGAGUUGGGAGGAGAUGGUGAACAAGUUCCACACAAAGUUCUUCCAAGUCCAAGAGAAAGUUAUAACGCUCACACUUGGGCGAGAUAUCCAAAAAGAAGGAGAAGAUAUACUGGACUAUGUAAGCGCCUUGGUUGAGGCAGCUAGGAACCUUAAUACCACUGGUCCCUUACACAGAUCUCGUGGCAGCCAUCGAUACCCCCACAGUAACAAAAUUGCUGCGGUAACCUCUACAGGAGGGAGCCGCUCGCAAAUGGAGGCGUUGUCUUCUCGAAAGAGAAAGAGUUAUAUGGAUAGAAAUCCAUAUCCUUGCAGCUUGGAGAAUGUUAAAACCUUGGUUAAAGAAUGGAUAGCUAAUGGUGAGCUUACUUUGUCUCCGGUUUAUGUCCCUCCAACCAAGGAAGACAAAGAAAGCCCAGAUUACUGCAUCUAUCACAGAGCCACCAGACACCCUAUGAGGGAUUGUUGGACUUUGAAAGGUAUCUUUAAGAAGAAAGUUACUGCAAACGAGUUGAAGUUCAAAGAUGCCGAUAAUUGUGAUGUAAGGAAGGAUCCUUAUCUUAAUCACAAGGAGAAAGGGAAGAACGUACACAUGAUUGGUUAUCUUGGACCCAUGCGCAAUCAAGUGCACAUGGUGUCUUACUAUGAUGAGUUAGAAGAAAUCGCAACUAGCCAGCUCCCUAAAAUAGUGCCCACAGAUUCGCAGAGGAUACUCAUGCUCAGGCCUUGCAAAACUCUGUUAAGUUUCGCACCUUUUUAA